AGCAACUUUGCUAAAAUGAUGCUCAGCUCUCCCCUCCGUUCAUUGUUCCCUGUGGUCGCAGUGGCUGUUCUUACAGCUGUUAAAGUUGCUGAGAGUCAGAAGGUUGCUGAAGACCUUGGGACUUCCUCCACACCGUCUCCGGUUUAUCCCACCGUCAGCUUUCAGGUCCACAACGUGGAUCAUGUGUUUCUGAGGCAGGACAAUCCAGAGCCAUCUGGAAACUCCAGUCUGAAGGCUCAGACUCAGACUUUUCUCAUCACUGGUCCAGGCUCUGGGAUCCUCCGUUCAGCUGUCAACGCUUCAUACGGCCCCCUAAAUGUAGAUGCCCCGAUUCCUCCAGACCUGCUCCUCAGUGGGCGCAGGAUCCUGCCAGUCAUUUUGGUUCGCCAGGUUCGUUCCUCGUCUCCUGUUGUUAAGAUCCUCUUCCACAUGCCCACAGAAAGAGAUCUGGCUGUUGGGCAAGAAAUGAUGGGGUCUGGAGAAGAUAAUGGGAGGAAAAGUGGUGGAGCCAAGGCAAAAGAUGGAGCUCACUGUGUGACGGCUUACGCCUUCUGGGAGACGAGGGAAGUUCGUGGGGCAUGUCUGGUGUCUCCAGGUGGAUUCUGUGUGGCACACCUGAAACCAGAACCUGUCUGGUUCAGCUCAGCUAGCCGAUCAGGAAGCUCCAGCAGUGAAGCAGGAAAAACCGAAGGAAUUAAGGGGCUUCAGGGAAACCUUGUGGAGGUCUACUUCCAGAGCCGGAGGGACCCAACUGGCCAGUGUACCCCACAGGACAGCCUACAACGUGUAGGAGUGGGAAGAGGAAGAGACUCUGGGGGAUCAGGGACGCCCAUGAGGCGGAUAGGAAGUGUUAAUCUGCUCAGAAGUCCACCAGGGAACCCCACCUUCCUUCGACUGAGGCUGGGAGGCGCCGUGGUGAUCCAGACUUCUUCCAAGCCCCUGAAGACCACAGAUGUGGCGACCUUCUAUGUCUUCCUAGCUAGUACAUCUACCCUGGAAAAUUUUACCCUCAGGGCGACAGUAAAAACAGGUCUGUCCUUCAGUGCAGCGCGGCCCAGCGACUCAGCACUGUGGGACAUUCUAGUGGAGCCUGGCAGAGGAGCGACGCCCAACACUGUUUCGGUUGUCUGCCGCAGGAAGAUUGCUGUCACUGCAAAAAGGGGUCUUCUGGAGGUUCUACAGCUUGACUUCGUGCCAAAGGAUGUUUCAGAGCAGGCUGAGAGUCAGACGAUCUCCUGGCGUCUGGAGUUACCAGGGAACGUCAAGGAUGUGGGCAUGAUGCGGAUCUACACAACUCGGAGAGACUAUGUGGGGCUGGCACCUCUGGUCAUGAACACUGAUAUCUUGAACACUGCAGUGCUGACGGGUAAAAUGGUGUCAGUCCCUGUGAAAACUCUGGCUGUGGAGGCUGACGGCUCAGUCACUGAUGUGACCAGCUACACCAGCUGCAGGUCUACAGAGCAGGAUGUACUCAAGGUGUCAGAGGGCUGUGACUAUGUAUAUGUAAAUGGCAAAGAGACAAGAGGGAAGAACAGGGUGAUGCUCAACUUCACCUAUGGUUUCUUGAGUGCCCAGCUGGAGAUGAGUGUGUGGAUGCCACGGCUGCCCUUGCUCAUCGACGUGGCCGACCCUGAGCUCAGCCAGAUCAAGGGCUGGAGGGUCCCUGUUACCACCAGCAACAGAAGGUCUACAUGGGACAGUGAGGAAGAGGAGGAGAUGAGGAAGGGCAGGGGCUGCAUGCUGCAGUAUCAGCACUCUACCCUCAGGGUGCUCACACCCUUUGUGGGUCAGGCUGGCGCUGAUGUGCUGCCUGACCUGCUAACUGGAGCAGAGGCUGUUGAGUACUUCCUGGGGCCUGACUGGCAGGUGGAUGUGACCAGUCUUGUCCGCUAUUCUCUAAAAGUGGCAGAUCCUGACGUAGCCAGGGUACAGGAUGGGGUGGUGCUACAGGGACGGGCUGUGGGCACUACUACUGUACAGGUGCUGUCCCCUCUGACGUCAUCGGUCCUGGCUGAGAGGAGCAUCAGGGUGGUGGAUGACAAAGUGAGUGUGACGGAGCUGGGAGUGCAGUUGAUUUCUGGACUCUCUCUGUCCCUGCAGCUCAGCCCGGGGAGCAAUCGGGCCAUCGUCGCCACGGCAACCGCACGGGAGAUGAUCACGCAGCUCAAACAGGAAGCGGUGGUCAGCUGCUGGGUUCAGUUCAGCGAUGGUGCAGUUGCUCCACUGGAUCUGUUUGACCGCAGCAUUUACUCCCUGACAGUCUCCACGCCAGAUGAGGGGGUGGCGACGGUACGCCGCACCCCGCUGUCCACAUUUGUGGUAGCCCGAGGUGAAGGUGAAGGCCAGGGGGCGAUAGUUAGGGUUGAGCUGAGGAUCUGUGAGGAAUGCCAGAAGUCCAAGAGGAAGAGCAAAUUAGCAGUGGGCACGGGGCUCCUCAGAAUCAACUUCCAGAGCAGCAGCAGAGGAGGAGGUGGAGGUAAGGGGGUUAGCGCUGAUGGAAAUAAAGAUUAUGACGGUGGUGCAUCAGAAAUGGUAGGAGAGCUUAAAAUGGCGGCGACGUCACAGCGUGCUGUCACAAACAUGGAUAAAUGGUUGUUAAGAAGCACAGUACCUGAUCAGCAGGAGUCCACCCUGGCAGAAACAACCACCUCAGCCAUAUUUUCUACAAAAUAUGUGCAGCCACAUGUUGUGUGGAUUGGAUCUACCACCAGAGCUACAAGAGGCAGCACAUAUACUGCCGUUCCCGCAACUGCCACCGCAACUAAGAGCGUGCCAAGUUUAAAUACACCACUGAGCACUGCCAAACCUGUAGCAACAACAGUGGGUGUUGUCGUUAAAGGUGAAGGGCAGAAGAGAAGCUUUGGAAACAUGCUCGAUAACCCCAAUUCACCCCCUAACAAAGACAUUCCUAAAGCAGAAGUGACACCCAAGAAGGAGCCCCCAAAGCCUAAAACUCCAAGAGUAAUCGAGAGCGACCUCAUUCGGACAUUCAGAGCCAUGUCAGACUUGGAAAUUGGCAUGUAUGCUUUGGUGGGGGUCUCCUGUGUCGCUAUCUUUGCUUUUUUGCUCAACUGUGCUUCGUAUAACCUCUGCUUCCGAAAGCACAAGACACCCAUACAGGCAGGCCCAACCCCCAGCGGGGACCCGAAGGACCACAAGCAUGACUGGGUGUGGCUGGGGAGCAAUAAUCAUAGCACUCCUGCCCCAGGUUCCUCAGCUCAAGUGUCCACUCUAAAACGCGAGGCCCAUCGUCCCCUGGAGUCCCGACAUUCCAUAGACUCCAUGGGACACCGUAGCCUGGAGAGCAGUCUGCCCACUGUGAGCGCUCCCGCUGUCCCUGAACGAACUGCCACCCUGGGCCGCAGCAGGACCAGCUCCCAGCAGCAGCAGUUUCAGGGAAAGGCAAUUGACCCCAUGGCCAACCGUUCAGCCACUUUGCUGGCCAGGCCACACCGCAGCGAGCCUCUUCAUUCCCCCACCAGUAAGAGGAACCAGGUCCAGUUCACCACCUUCACCACCCUGGACAUCAAGCACUUGGCUGCACUGAAGAAGAACGGUGUGGACUUAAACUGGGCCAACCAGCAGACACAGCAGCACCAGGCCCCUGCCGAGCCUCAGACACCUUUACCUGACAUGCCAUGGCCUGUGGUCAAACCUCUAGGAGAACCCCAGUGA